ACCGUCAAGGUCGUUUGAAAAUUUUUGGCAGGUUAUCCGAAACCCCACGAAAAAAUCGUCAAACCGGUCAAUUACCCCAUUUCCCCGUGCUCCGGCCGCAGCUCCGCGCCCGGCCUCCCGAAGCCCCCUUUCGGUCGCCCGGAGCGGCCCCCGUCCGGCGGUGUCGCGCCGUGUUGUGUCACGUGACGUCUCCGCUUGUCAUUUUCGCGAAUGUGUUGUAAUGGCCGUCGGUGAAAAUGUGGAAGUCUUCGCGUGAAAAAUACGCCGCGACGCCCUCCAACGCCGCCGAAACGCCGUGAGAACGCAAAAACUGUGCGAAAAGUGCGCUCGGGCGAGGUCGGACCGAUGUGACAAAUGCUCGAUCGCGAUGCCCCUGUGAAAGAGUGCCCCCAUAAAGUAGGCCGUGCUUGCGGAAUGGCCCCCUCGCCGGAGAACGACUCCGCCCCCAAGGCCCCCGACAAGCCCCGGCACGACAAGUGCGCCAAGGAGAAGAACAAGGACGAUAAGACUCUGUCGGAUUUGAACGAUGGCGAGCUGAAGGGCUUGCUGGAUGAGGCCCUCAACUACAAGAACCCGAAAGACAGGGAAGGGAAGAGCAAGCUCUUCAAUCACCUGUUGAACGAGGCCGAGGAGGACGAGAGGAAUGCGAGGGCCGCGCGGGCCGGGGGCUCCGAGCUAGUGCGCUACUGCAACCCUUCGGCCAAGCGCAACUCGAGGCACAGGAAGAAGCCCAGCUCUAUCUCUGAGAAUAUGAUGCACGGGGGCAGUCUCGACAACCUGGCCAAGGAGGAGUUGUUCGAGACGUCCAAACACAGAACUAAGAAGAGCGUGAGCGCGAGGCAACGGGAAGGGGGGAGUCUUCCCUGUAACGUCAACGCGAGCACGAUCAUCAGCCAUGAUUACCAGUUCCUUGAAGAAGCCAGAAAGAAGAAGGAGAUGGCGGAGAAAAUCAGUACUGAUGUUGUAGAGGAGCAGAGACUGCUCGAGCACGAUACGCUCGACCAAAACUUCCAAGAGAAAGUAAACGAGCUCCCGCAGCUCAAAUUUACCACUAGGGCCUCUCUUCAAGUCAAUGUUUCAGAAUACGGCGACAUUGAUCGAAAUCGGACCGUGGAAAAGAAAGGGCUGCAACCGAGAGUACCCGUUUUCCAUGUAUUCAUGUCUAGGGGUGGCCCUGAUAAUGAAGUGGACGGCCCCAUUUCGUUCCCACAGUUUGAUCAAGCCGGCGAACGCAAGAACUGCUCCAGCACCAAGUCGGUCACCCCAAUCAUCGGAUCUGACUGCGCCAGCACCCUGCGGAUUUCCAACGACACCAAGAAAGUCGACGAGAACGGCAACGCCCUGCACCAGCCUUCCGUCAAAACGAAAAAGAAGAAACUCCAAACCGACAAGAACGUCGUCGUCUGCAACGCCGAGAACGUCGAGGGGCACCGCAGCGACAUCAUCUCCGACAUCGACAAACUGAUGGAGUUCAUUGGGAUCACGGACGACCAAAACGAGAAGCGUUCCAUUAAGUCCAAGCAGCUGAAUCGGCACUCCUCGGACGACACCAGCAAGUCGAAGAAGCGCGCCCACUCGUCCAAGAGCAAAGACAACCGGUCGAAAUUGAAGAAGAGCAACUCGCUGGGUGAGAUCUCGACGACCAACUUGGACGAUUUUGAGUUCAACAAAGACAAGGUGGUUUUGCGGAACAAUAAGAACAGUACGGACAAGCCGCGCGAAAGGCGGUCGUGGGGCAACAUGGAGCCUUUGCCCCUGCAGAAUCUGUACAGUAACGCUUCGGCUGAAAACUUGGAGAGCGCGGAGUUCCGCGUCGUCACUAAGAAAAAGAAGAGCAAAAAGCGUCGGAAUUCGAUCAGCGGCAGGACGAAGGCGUCGGCGAACCCCACGAAGACGGCCACGAGGGGGCCUUCGCCCGAGUUGCGGAGGAAGUCGGCGUGUUCGGUGCCUCAUAGCGAGAAAUCUAACGAUUCCUCGGACGUGGACUCAGUUCAUUCAUUGCCUAUUGAUACUCAGAGGCUUGAUCUGGCGACGGCCCGCUUGAACAUGCCGAUUUCGUACGCCGAGAUGGCGAAGAACAGCGACAAACCGAAGGAGAAGAAGGUCGAUAAAGUGCCAAAAGAUGAGGUUAAGUGCGUCUCGAACCAAAUCGUGUGUGAUUAUAUUAAAAUGAACAACGUCGAUACGAGUCCUAGUGCUAAAAAUACACCACCCGAUGUUCAUAAUAUUAAGAAUUUCCCGGCGAUUACUAAACAAGUUGCGGUGCAAGUGAACGUGGACAAAACGAAAAACAGCAAUAAAAUUAAUAGGAACAUAAACGCUAACAAGAACGUUAAAAAUAACGUGAAUAAAACGACGGUGGGGUGUGGGACGGAGAAUAAUUUACAGAACGAUCAUGGGAUGCCGCCGCCCCACGACCCCCCCGAACUGGGCUACAGUUCAUCGUUACCACCCGACAUCCCCGACGUCCAGACCAUCGAAAAGAUGCAACUCAUCAACCAGGGCCACCACACGGCGGUGGCGUCGAACCUGAACUGCUACGACCCGAGCCCCCUCCUAAACAACGGCAAUGACUGUAGUAUAGACUGUGAUAUAAGUGAAAACCGAACUAGCGUGGACCUGCGGCCGCCCGUCGUCAUUCUGAGCGGUUACGGUAACAGCAAGGAAGUGCCCGGUUUGGUGUUCGGUUUCGACAUAAACGAGCAACUCUUAUCCGAAGACAACAAGGACUUCUGCUGCGAGGACUUCAUUUCGAGGUACGUCCCGCCGGAGGCGUACACCACGACGUCGCACAACCACGACAAGAUCGUCAGCUACAUCGGCGCGGCUUGGGACGAGGCGGUGGUGAAUAUAUCGAACGGUAAAGUGCAGUACUAUUCGGAUUUGUUGUAGGCGUGUACAUACUAGUCAGGGGUGGAGUGCGGUAGUGCAAUUUGGAGGACACGGGAACAAUAAGCUAAGUUUAAUUUCUCGAAAUUAGGGGUGAAACUUAUUUAUUUGAGUUAUUUAUGGGGGGUAUCGAAUUUAAGCUAAAAUUCUAUAAAUAUGUAAAAAAAAAUGUAACAUAGCAGUGUAAUUGUACCAAAUUGUAGGCUUCUCCUUCAACUAAAGACGCUGUGCAUACAUUUAGGUGAUUAGCAAAGUUGGACACUCGUUUCAUCGCUGUAGCGUUUGUAUUAUAGCUUAUGAAGAAGAAAAAACUAAAUAAAAAUGUUUGAUGUAUAUUAGACAUAAAUAUAUAACGAUUUUAAGUGGCGUAUUGUAACGUUUGAUUUCGGUUGCAUUUAUUAGCAAGAUAUAACUUCUGGAAAUUGUGAGUAGAAACGUGCCAAUACGCCAGAUUCAUUUAAAUAGAUAUCAAGUUAAAGUUGACUCUUUAACAAUGUUUAUUUAUUCGUUUUUUUUUUGUGUGCGAGGUUUUACUAUUUGAAACUCAAACUUUCAAACAGUAACAACUACGAGGCGCAGUAAUAAAUGUAACAUAGUUGUAUUAAAAGCGAGCUAAGUCAUUUAAUUUAGCUGUUAUUAGACUUUUUUUCGAAAUUUAGACAGUCUAGCUAGAAAGGCGCUAGAUUUUAUACCGAUGAUAAUUGAGAAGUAUCAGUCGACCACUCCAACUCACGAGUUGUCGAUUCUUUUUCGUUACAUUGUUAAAUCAUUUAUUUUCCGAACCGCUUUGUACUUACGAAGUUGGAAGUUAAUAAGUCUCUCUUUCGAGUAAUUUUAUAGUUUGUAUUUGAUUCUUUAAAAUUAUUGUUACACUUUUAAAUAUGUUUACCAUGAACAGAAUUUAAAUAUGUUCAUUGCUUUGAUAAAAAUAUACGAUUAUUUAUUCA